AUGGGGACGCCGAGAAAACACAUAGAAAAGAUAAGAAGGGAGAAGUUUUUCAUAGGAGAAGAAAAUCCGAAUCCGCUGAGAGAGGAUAUGUACCAAGCUGUCAAAUUUCUCUCCGCAGAGCUUUACGCGAAAGAUGUUCAUUUCCUCAUGGAGUUCAUCCAGAAUGCAGAAGAUAACGAGUACUUGGAAGGGGUGAAACCAUCGCUGGAGUUGAUGAUAACGAGCAAGGACAUCACUGCGACUGGAGCCCCUGCAACUCUUCUGUUGUUCAAUAAUGAGAAGGGUUUUGCUCCUAGAAAUAUCGAGUCCAUAUGCAGCGUUGGGCGCUCAACAAAGAAAGGCAAUCGACAACGCGGCUACAUCGGAGAGAAAGGUAUUGGGUUCAAGAGUGUCUUUCUGAUAACAGCACAACCUUACAUUUUCAGUAAUGGGUAUCAAAUAAGGUUUAAUGAAGAACCCAGUCCAUUUUGUGGCAUUGGAUAUAUUGUUCCUGAGUGGGUCGAGACAAAUCCAACCAUUGCUGAUAUACACCAAGUAUAUGGUCCCUCCAAUCCCCUUCCCAUGACUAUCAUGGUCCUGCCUCUGAAGCCUGAGAAGGUAGAAUCCGUGAAACAUCAGCUCUCAACCAUACACCCUGAAGUUCUACUAUUUCUUUCAAAGAUCAAGCAUCUUUCUAUCAGAGAAGAUAAUGCUGACCCUAGCCUUAAUACGGUUAGUUCAGUCUCUAUUUCAAGUGAGACUGAUUUCAUUACAAGGAAGAACAUUGAUGCAGAGUCAUAUACACUUCAUCUCUCAGCAGAGGAAAAUGGUGAUAAACGUAAUAAAGAAUGCAGCUAUUACAUGUGGAGGCAGAAAUUCCCUGUUGUGCUGGAAAAUAGGAUGGAAAGGAGUGAAGUUGAUGAUUGGGUAAUGGUUACAAAUUUUCCCUUCAUCAUACAGGCUGAUUUUAUCCUAGCAUCAUCCAGGGAAAUAAUCCGCUUGGAUAGCUUGUGGAACCAGGGGAUUCUGGAUUGUGUGCCACAUGCUUUUGUUAAUGCCUUCAUCUCACUUGUGAAAACAACAGAAUCUGCUCCAGUAUCAUCUCUGCCCAGUAUUUUUGAGUUCCUACCAUUGAACAGCUCUAUGUAUCCUAAGCUAAAUGCUGUGAGGGAAUCAAUCAAAGAGAAAUUGAUUGAGGAGAACAUCAUUCCAUGUGAGUCAGAUAUGGAACAAAAGUUCUUUUGUAAGCCCAGUGAAGUAGGUUGGCUUAAGCCUUCAUUCUGGAAAAUCCUGAUCAAAGCAAGGAUGCAGGGAGUGAAUUUACAGAAUUUGUUAUCCCAUGGCAAGUAUGUUCUGCAUUCUGCAUUUGAUAAGCGGCAAUGUAGUAAUAUCUUGAAUUUCUUGGAAGUGAAACCCAUGGAUGUGGAGUGGUACUCAAGGUGCAUCCGGAGUUCUAAUCUGGUACUCGGAGUUUCUGAGGACACCUACAUGGAUCUUCUCUUCUUUAUUGCUGAUAAUUGGAAUUCCAUUUUCAAGAACAAAAAUAUGGACAUACCCCUUCUGAAAUAUGUUGGUCACAAUGGGUAUGUCUCUUUGUGGAGCAUAAAUGAAGCAUCACAGUGUUAUGGUGGUAGAGCAUUUUUAUCAAAAGAUCCUCGUUAUGCCUCAUGGUUAAUUGAUUGGAACCAAGAGUUCAAAUGUCCAGGAGAUUGGUUCUUUGUUCCCAAAAGCACUCAGGAGGCUUUACGUCGACAUCGAAAUAGGGAGACAAUAAUUGAAUGGCUUUCACUUUAUGUGUCCAUUGACACCAUAGAUAUGGAGAAGUAUGCUAUACAUCUUAUAAAUUCUAUCAAUAAUGGCAGAAGGCUUGCUAUUGCUCUUGUUCAUUUCUUGUAUCACUCUCUCUCAGUCACACAGGCUUAUCUGUCUGAUCCGCAAGUUCGUCGACUGUGCAAGUUGGAUAAGGUGCCCCUUGUAGAUAGCUAUGGGUAUGUGACUACACUCAAAAGUGCAGUUCUUGUCCCUGCAAAGGGAAGUAAAUGGGUCCGACUUAUUGGCACAAAUCCAUGGAGAAGAGAUGAAUAUAUUGAAUUAGCAGAAGACUACCUACAUGCAAGUCAUUUUGCAGGUGUUUGUACAUCUGAAAAUCAGCUCAUGAAGUUCUUGAUGACUUACGUUGGAGCUUGUGAUAUACCAGAUCUUCGUCCUCCUAAUUCUGUAUUUCCUACAGUAUAUUCCCCUAUGACUAAAGAAAACACAUUUUUACUGCUUGACUGGAUCCGAAGUCUGAAAAAUAGGAGAAUACAAUUACAAGGAAAGUUUUUGAAAUGCAUAAAGGAAGGAAGUUGGCUGAAGAUUUCUUUGGGUUGCAGUUCUGGUUACAGGCCUCCGUCACAAUCAUUCCUCCUCACUAAAUCAGUGGCAAAUCUUCUGCAGAAUGGCGCUGUGCUGGUUGAUAUUCCUUUGGUAGAUUAGGGAUUCUAUGGCGACAAUAUUAGUGAAUACAAAGAAGAACUGAAAACAGUUGGGGUCAUGUUGGAAUAUGAGGAAGCAUGCCUAUUCAUCGGGGACCAUCUUAUGUCUCUGGCAGUUUCAUCCAAGUUAACCAGGGCCAAUGUGUUUUCAGUACUGAAAUUUAUAAAAUUUUUGAGGGAGAAGUAUACGUCUCCAGAAAAACUCAUCAAGAGUCUCAAAGAUGGAAAAUGGCUAAGGACUUCCCACGGUAACAGGUCUCCUGUUGGAUCCAUUUUGUAUGAUUCAGAAUGGAAAGCUGCCUCACAAAUCAGUGAUCUACCGUUCAUUAACCAGGACUAUUAUGGAGGGGAAAUCCUUAAGUUUAGAAAGGAGUUUGAGUUACUUGGUGCCAUAGUUGGUUUCAACCAAAAUUUCCAGCUCGUGAUGGAUAAUUUCAGGCUCCCCUCAUCCUGGAGUUGUCUUACAAUUGAUGCUUUCUUUUUUAUACUGGAGUGCAUUCGGCAUUUGGUAUCAACUGCAAAAUUUGUUGAAGUGCUUAGAUACCAAAAAUGGUUGAGGACCAAUACGGGCUACAGGUCACCAGGUGAAUGUUUCCUGUUCAAUUCUGAAUGGGGUUGCCUUCUGCAGGUAUUCAGUGGUUUUCCACUAAUUGAUGAAAAGUUCUAUGGAAGUAGUAUUUUCUCAUACAAAAAUGAGUUGAAGGUAACAGGGGUUGUGGUUGAUUUCGAGCAAGCAGCUAAAGCAUUUUCUCGUUGUUUUAAGCAGCAAGUAUCUUCCUUCUCCCUAACAAAAGAAAAUGUGCUCUCGUUUUUAGCAUGUUACAAGCACCUAAAGAAAGGAUAUCAUCACUUUCCUUCUGAGCUUAGCAAAUGCAUCAAGGAGGAGAAAUGGGUCAGGACGCGUCUUGGCAAUAGGUCACCUGCAGAGUCUAUUCUGUUUUGCUCAGAUUGGGAUUGUAUCAUGCCUGUUGCAUCACUUCCUUUUGUCGAUGAUAGUGACAAUGGCUAUGGUAAAGGCAUCAAGGAGUUCAAGGAUGAGCUGAAGGUCUUGGGAGUUGUUACUGAAUUUAACGAGGGGGCAAAGUUUGUUGUUGCUGGUAUUACUAUACCCCAGAAUCCUAGUGCUAUAACUCCUACCAAUGUGAUUUCCUUGUUAAAAUGCAUUCAAAAUAUACAGAAAGAAAUGGCCUGUGAUUUGCUUCCUCAGUCAUUUCUGAAAAGAAUCGGUGGAAGUUGGUUGAAGACCUACAUGGGUUAUAAACCUCCAAAUAACUGCCUUUUGUUUGAUUCAAAGUGGGGUAUGUUCUUACAGCGGGAAGAUGGACCAUUCAUUGAUGAUGGGUUUUAUGGCUCUAGCAUUAGUUCCUAUAAGAAAGAGCUCCAUGCGAUAGGAGUUACUGUAAAUGUUGCAGAUGGAUGUGAACUGCUUGCCAGUUACCUUGGGUCCCAUUCUCAGUAUAGUGCUAUAUCUCGAAUCUACAACUACUUGAGUACAUUUAAUUGGGAACCGAAAGAUAAAGCUUCUACAAGGAUUUGGAUCCCAAAUGGAAUUGACAAGGGAGAGUGGGUAAGCCCCGAAGAAUGUGUCCUUCAUGAUGGGGAUGGUCUCUUUAGCUCGAGGUUGAAUGUCUUGGAGAAACACUAUAACAUGGAAUUAUUAAGCUUCUUCUCCAAGGCAUUGGAAGUUAGACAGAGGCCUUCAAUUGAUCAUUACUGCAAUCUGUGGAAGGAUUGGGAAAAUUCAGGACGCCAUUUGAAAAAUGAUGAAUGUUGUGCUUUCUGGCUCUAUGUUUUACGUAACUGGUCUUCAAAUUCAAUGAUGGGUAAACUUCUUAGCAACAGUUUGUCAAAAUUGCCAGUGGACACAGGCACAGGUGAAAUUCUGUUGGUAGGAAAGCAAGAUGUCUUCAUUCCUGAUGAUCUACAACUGAAGGAUCUCUUUGAGAAGGCUUCUCUGCAUCCUUUAUUUGUCUGGUAUCCUCAACGGGGCUUGCACUCUAUUUGCCGGAGUAAGUUAUUUGGAAUAUACGGCACUAUUGGGGUUCAAACCAUCUCUGGAGCUGUAAAGAUGGACCAAUCAUUCAAACUGGAAUGUGCUGAACCCCAGAAGGUAAAAUCUAAUGAAAAACAUAUUGAGAAAGGGCUAUGUAGACUCAUUCUUGGGUUUCUAGGUGAUCCUUCACUUGAAUUGGAUGUAGUCAGGAGGCAUCAGAUUCUCAAAUAUCUCCUUGAUGUUACUGUCUUUGAGACGGAAGAACCAAUUACAGUAAGUUAUACCUUACCAUUGUCUUCUGGAAAUGAUGUCAUUGUCAAAGCAAGCCGCAUGAUCCGUUGGGAGAGAGAGAACUUCAAGCUGUUCACCCAAAAGAUGGACAGUUCAUCUAGGCAUAAAACCAAAAUUGAAUUAGCAACAUAUUUUUCUGAGGUGAUAUCUGAGGGGUUGCUUUGGGAGAAAGAAGAUGAAAUUGCUAGUCUCUCUGAGCUCAUCAAGUUGGGUUUCUUGUUAGAGUUUGAGGAGGAUGCAAUCAAUUUCCUUGUGAAGAGCAAAAAUCUGCAAGUUUCCAUGGAGGAUGAAGAAUUCCUUUCUUCUGCUUUCACUUCUCAGUCAUCCGAGUAA